UUUCCUUUGGGUCCUGCUCUACAUAGAAGCAAGGAGGGAAUCAGUGGAAGAAGCGAGAAUGACGACCUGUAUAGCUCCGGGUGUGGGAGCAAAUCUUCUGGGGCAACACUCAGCGGAGCGCAACCAAGACGCCACCGCUUAUGUCGGCAACCUCGACCCUCAGAUUACUGAAGAGUUGUUAUGGGAGUUGUUUGUUCAAGCAGGUCCAGUAGUCAAUGUUUAUGUCCCCAAGGACAGAGUUACUAAUGCUCAUCAAGGAUACGGUUUUGUGGAAUUCCGAAGUGAAGAAGAUGCUGACUAUGAAAUUAAGGUACUGAAUAUGAUUAAACUUUAUGGGAAACCAAUACGAGUGAAUAAGGCAUCUCAAGAUAAAAAGAGUGUUGAUGUUGGUGCCAACUUGUUUGUUGGGAACCUUGAUCCUGAUGUAGAUGAGAAGCUUCUAUACUACACUUUUAGUGCUUUUGGAGUUGUUGUCUCAAAUCCUAAGGUUUUAAGUCAUUUCUCUUCUACUUUCAUAUGAUUCAUGAUUCUUCAUUUUGCUGCUUUUAAAGAUGCAUGUCUGGACUUCCUACGUAGUAAAGAAAAAAGAAGAGCUCAAUCUGUAUUGAUUAAUUCUCGCCUAUUUUGUAUCCCUGCUUCAGAUUAUGUUUUCAAAUCCUAACAAUCUGCU